GACGGAAGAAUGGAGAAAGACAGAGAUGACUGUGGUCCUGCAGCGCCUAUACUGACUGCUUUGUUUUGAUCUACGAGGGCACGCGUGAUGUAUUUGUUUCAUUGUUUGCAUGUUAUCUAGGAAAACCUGAUAUUUUUUCGAUUAACGUACACCGGACCGCGACUGUAAACCCACAGAAGUCAGCAGCACCACCGACGCCCCCUCUCCAGCCUCACUGGUUGGCUCUCACUCCUCACCGCAGCUCGUGUUGAGUUGACCCCCUCUGGACUAGAGAGAGAGAGAGAGAGAGAGAGCGGCUUGUGAUGACAGCUGAGAGAUGAGCUCGGCCAGAUGACCGUGUCAAACACCGACGGUCCCUAGCAAGCAUUCUCUCCACCGUUGUGACAGAGCCACGUUUAUUGCGGAGAAAUGGACAUUUGAUCACUUCAGAGUUGCAGCGAAUGGGCUGGAUUGCGUAAGACCGCGCGGUGAUUUCGGAGUUCGAGCUUCUACGAGCGACUCUUCAAACAUGAAUAACACGAAGAAUCCGCGAGACAGUGACAUCCAGAAGAAGAUCGACUAUGAGAUCCGUAUGCGUGAGGGUGCGUGUAAGCUGCUGGCUGCAUGUUCUCAGAGGGACCAAGCGCUGGAGGCCUCCAAGAGCCUCCUCACCUGCAACGCCCGCAUCAUGGCCUACAUGUCAGAGCUGCAGCGCAUGAAGGAGGCGCAGGUCAUGCAGCGGAUUGCACGCAGGUCUUCUGAUGCCGGUCCAAUGGAUGACCGAUCCCCAUGUAAAGGCAAAGUAGCCAUUUCAGAUCUCCGGAUACCUCUUAUGUGGAAAGACACAGAGUAUUUUAAGAAUAAAGGAGAGCUGCAUCGGUGUGCUGUGUUCUGUCUGCUGCAGUUGGGUGGUGAGAUCUUUGACACAGACAUGGUGAUGGUGGACCGGACGCUGACAGACAUUUGCUUUGACAACACAAUUGUCUUUAAUGAGGCCGGGCCUGGGUUCGAGCUGCGUGUGGAGCUGUAUAGCUGUUGUUCAGAGGACGACUACUCAGCAGGCAGCACACCGAGGAAGCUGGCCAGCAAGCUGAGCUCGUCUCUAGGCAGGUCAACGGGAAAGAAAAUGAAGGCAGGCUUGGAGCCUGGAGCCUGCAGUCCCACCAGUAAUGGAGGAGGAGCGACAAUCCUGCUGCCUGUGCCCUCUGUACCGGGGCCCAAAUAUCAUCUUUUGGCUCACACGACCCUCAAUCUCUCUCACGUCCAGGACAGCUUCCGCACACAUGACCUCACCAUCACAGGAAACGAGGAGUGUUCGUACUGGCUGCCUCUGUAUGGCAGUGUGUGUUGUCGUCUGGCCGCUCAACCUCACUGUAUGACACAGCAGAUGAUGAGUGGCUGUCUAAGGGUAAAGCUUGGAGGUGAGCCACAAGGCUGGACAAAUGUCUAUGGUGUUUUAAAAGGAACAAAUCUCUUCUGUUAUCAUCAAAAAGAGGACAUGGAGGCCAGUGUGGAGCCCGUCUUAACUAUUGGUAUUAACAAAGAGACAAGAAUAAGAGCUGCAGAGAAGGACCCUCACAGCAAGGCACAGAAUAUCUGUAUCACUAACCAGUAUGGAGGAGAGGAGGUGACACACACACUAGCAGCGGACAGCAGAGAGGACACACAGCACUGGAUGGAAGCAUUCUGGCAACAGUUCUAUGAUAUGAGCCAGUGGAGGCAGUGCUGUGACGACCUGAUGAAGAUCGAGCUGCCUUCACCACGCAAGCCUGCCAUAGUCACGCCGAAGCAGGGCUCCCUGUACCAUGAGAUGGUUAUUGACGCCUCUGACGACAUUGGAACGGUCACUGACAUCCUGGCGCGUCGUAUUGAAGAGUUUGAGCUGAGGACCCAGCUCGAAUCGCCACCUCACUGGAUGUCCCUGUUUGCAGAAGAUCCCCCGAGAACGCCCCUCAACCGCCAGCACCUGCCACCCCACUCGCCUAGCCCUCGCCUGCACAGCCGCCAGCCCCGCAGCCCACGCUGCCACCGCACACCCGGCCUUCUGUCCUCCAACGCCAGUCUGACCUCAGACAGCGACAGUCCCGCCAGCGCCAGCCCCUGCUUCCGCCAGGCAUGGUCCCCCGACACCUCUUCCUCCUCCGCUCACUUCCGCCCGCGUACCCUCUCCCUGGACGCCAAGCUCUCCACUCUGCGCUUCCGGUGCGCCUGCCAGCCGCCCACCGCCGGCUCUGUGUCUCCUCGCCCCGCUCAGACUGCUCUGUCCUGCUCCAGUUCCACUUCCAGCAGCAGCUCCAGUGAGGGCAGCAACAGUCAGGAGUCAGACCUGGGCUUCUCUAGACCGUCCAGCGCUCGCCGCAGCCUGAGGAACCUGAGAGCCAAGCUAGACCCCAGGAACUGGCUGCAGAGUCAGGUGUAGCUGUCACACUUCCUCUGGUUACUAUCAGAGCCAUCGUAACUUCCUGUGUCCCCCUGGAAAAAAACUGGAAUACCUGAGGUCAUGUUUGCUCAACAUCUGUCAUUGCAUCCUUUUUACAUCAACUGGGAGAGACAACAUGCAAAAUUAACUUUUUCUUCUGCCUUUUAAAGGAGCUUCUACAAUGGGAACUGAACAUAUAAUACACCAUGAUAUAUAUACAGUAUAGCAUUACACAUUGUCUCUGCAUGAAAUGGCCAUUAUUUUGGACCUUUGGAGAAAGUUGUGUUUUUAUGUGAGAGAGAUUCCUGAUACAGUGGUUUUAGACUGGACUGAAGCAGUUGCCUUGGUGUUGUAAGAUCUGAAUUUUUUUACUUUUUGACCAGCUAUUGUUUCAGUGCAUCGUUUUAGAUAUAUGCUUUAGAAGGUGCUGUUAGGCUCAACACUGUCUCAAGUAUUCGUCAUCACAAACAUUAAAGGCUGGCCAUACACUACCAUUCAAAAGAAGUUUGGGGUCAUGUGAUAUUUUUCUAUUGUUUAUUUUUUGAAAGAAGUUUCUUAUAAUCACCAAGCCCACAUUUAUUUGAUCAAAAAUAUUUAUCAGAAAAUGCACUUUAUUCCUGUGAUGGUUAAGCUGAAUUUUCAGCAUCAUUACUCCAGUCUUUAGUGCCACAUGAUCCUUCAGAAAUCACUCUAAAAUUAUGAUUUGCUGCUCAAGUUGUGCUGCUUAAUCUUUUUGUGGAACAGCAUUUAUUUGAAAUCUACAUUUUUGUAACAAUGUAAUGCUGGAUUAAAAAAAAAAAUUAUUUCAAAAGAUAUCUUUCUGACCCCAAACUUAAAUUUGUUGUGUAUUUUCAGGAUCAAUGAGUUUCAUGGAAACACAGUAUUAAUAAAUCUAACGUGUGAAAGUUAGCUUAAAGGAGAGUUCACCUAAAAAUGACAAUUCUGUCAUCAUUUCCACCCUCAUGUCAUUCCAAACCUGUAUUACCUUGUUUCCUCUGUGGAACAUAUUUUGAUAUUUUGAGAAAUGUCUCAUUGUUUUCUUCCAUAUAAGUCAAUGGUAUCCAAAACGGUUUGGUCACUAACAUUCUUCAAAAUCUGUUAGUUUGUGUUCUACAUAAGAAAGUCAUACAGGUAAAUGAUAUAAAUUCAUGUGAGUAAAUGACAGAAUUGUAAUUUUUGGGUGAACAAUCCUUUUACCACUGAUGAAUUUCACUUUAUUAACAAGUGAAACUGCAUCUUAAGAUCACCAACCUGCAAGUUACCAAUAAUUGACUUUCUUUCAAGGUGCACUCGAGUCAUUUUUGUUGAUGUUGUGCUAAAUGGUCGCUUUGGACA